UCCUGACGUAUAUCUCCCCUAUCUGUGGGUCUUUCUUUCUUCCCCGACCAUCCCUUCCCCCCUCUCUCUUCCUUUGUUCCUUACCUUCUCUUCCCUCCCCCUUCCGCUUUUUAUAUGCGCCCCUCAAAUAGAGUUGAUUUUCAGUUCCCAUGAUGAUUCACCCACUUCUCUAUUCACCUUUCAUGCAAACCCACUUCUCCGUUUUCCCCUCCCUUUUCGAUCCCUUCAUGAUUCACCUUUAAAUAUAAUCUCUUCACCACCUGCCAUUCAGCUGCCUUGUUCCCAAACAAUGGCUGCGCCUCUCACAGCCAGGCUUCAAACUCUCCUGCAAGCCACGGUGCAAUCGGUUCAGUGGACUUAUAGUCUCUUCUGGCAACCCUGUCCCCAACAAGGGAUCCUGGUGUGGGCGGAUGGUUACUACAAUGGGGCAAUUAAGACCCGGAAAACUGUGCAGCCAGUGGAAGUUAGUGCCGAGGAAGCGUCUCUUCAAAGAAGCCAGCAACUUAGGGAGCUCUACGAAUCAUUGUCUGCCGGGGAGACCAACCCUCCGGCUCGACGGCCUUGUGCUGCCUUGUCGCCCGAGGACCUAACCGAAUCCGAAUGGUUUUAUCUGAUGUGUGUCUCUUUCUCCUUUCCUCCUGGCGUCGGGCUACCGGGGAAAGCAUAUGCGAGGAGGCAGCACGUAUGGCUUGCCGGUGCAAACGAGGUGGACAGCAAAACGUUUUCAAGAGCUAUUCUUGCCAAGAGUGCUCGCAUACAGACCGUGGUGUGCAUACCUCUGUUGGACGGCGUCGUAGAGUUGGGCACAACAGAUAAGGUUCUGGAAGACCUUAAUUUUAUCCAACACGUGAAAAGCUUCUUCACAGAUCACCAGCGGCAGCACCACCCUCCACCGCCAAAGCCCGCCCUCUCCGAGCACUCGACCUCCAACCCCACCGCCUCUUCCGACCACUCCCGUUUCCAGUCCACUCCAGUCGCGGUUGCCAUGUAUUCCGCCGUGGACCCAUCACCCGCCACCCCACCCGCUCCUAACAACCACAUGAAUGAAGAUGACGAGGAGGAGGAUGACGAAGAGGGCGAGUCCGACUCGGAGGCAGAAACGGCCCGGAACUGCCACCCAACGUCUACCCCAGAGGCGUCUGGCGUGGCAGCUGCCACUGCAGCAGAACCAAGCGAGUUAAUGCAGCUGGAGAUGUCGGAAGAUAUCCGAGUAGGAUCACCGGACGAUGGUUCCAACAAUCUGGACUCAGAUUUCCAUCUGCUGGCGGUGAGCCACCCAGCCGAUCAGGAGCGCCGAGCUGAGUCGUACCGGGCCGAGUCGACCCGGAGGUGGGUCGAACCAGGGCUUCAACAACCAGUUUCAGAAGGCGCUCAGCUAGAAGACCUCACAAAAGAGGACACCCACUACUCUCAGACAGUGUCCACCAUCCUCCAUAAUCAGUCUCUCCGGUGGGCCGAAUCACCCCCCGCCGACUACAUAGCCUGCUCCUCUCAGUCGGCUUUUGCCAAGUGGAACACCCGUGCCGACCACCACCUCCUCCACCUGUCCGCCGACGGCACCUCUCAGUGGCUCCUCAAGUACAUUUUGUUCACCGUCCCUUUCCUCCACACCAAGUACCAAGACGACAACUCGCCCACCCCCCGAGAUGGCACCGAUCCCGUCACGCGCCUCCGUGGAAAGGGAACGCCGCAGGACGAGCUGAGCGCCAACCACGUACUGGCCGAGCGACGCCGCCGCGAGAAGCUCAACGAGAGGUUCAUCAUACUGAGAUCGCUCGUGCCCUUCGUCACCAAAAUGGACAAGGCGUCCAUAUUAGGGGACACCAUCGAGUACGUGAAACAGUUGCGUAAAAAGAUCCAAGAUCUGGAGACGCGGAACCGCCAGAUGGAAGCAGAGCAACAGUCACGUGAGCAACAGAGGAGCUUGACGAGAGUGGGUUCGGACAAGAGGAAGAUGAGGAUCGUGGAGGGAAGCGGAGGGAUGAGGAAGCCGAAGUCAGUGGAGGCGUCACCGCCGCCAUCGCCGUCGGGAGUCGUUACGUCGGUGCAAGUGUCGAUCAUAGAGAGUGACGCGCUGUUGGAAUUGGAAUGCGAGAACAGGGAGGGAUUGUUGCUGGAUGUGAUGCAGAUGCUGAGAGAGAUGAGGAUAGAGGUGACGACGGUCCAAUCGUCGCUGAACAACGGGGUGUUCGUGGCGGAGCUGAGGGCGAAGGUGAAGGAAAGUCCGAACGGAAAGAAGACCAGCAUAGUUGAAGUGAAGAGGGCCCUCAACCAAAUCAUACCCCACAACGAUUAACUCUGUAUAUGAUGAUUAAUAUAAUAUUUUAGCACUGCGGGAUUCGGAUUAGAUAAGUGUUUGAUUGAAGAACAGAUGAAAUUGGCAGGCGGAAGUAAAGAUGCAUGAAGGAAGACGAGGGUUCCUUGAAGAAAGAGCCCCAGACAUGAAGUGGCCAAUACAAUUUAGUUUAGGUAGGUGUUCUCCCAUCCCUGACCAAAUGUAAAUCCUGAUAGCCACAGCACAUUUUUAGUGACUUGGUGCUUCUCUAAUUUCACAUCCUUCCCCUACUCAUAAAAUCAACUGCUGCUUCUCCAGUCUCCAGUCUCCAGUCUUUGUAGUUUUUGUUUCCUCGCAAACAGAGGUUUAACCCUGGGAAACAUAUUCUGGGAGUAAAUUAUUCAUUAUUGAUUUUACAAAUAUGAAGUCCUGCCAUUUUAAUAA